AUGUUUGAGUUGGAGACCGCUUGGCCUGAAGCAGACGGGGAAUGUGACGGCAUUUCUGUGGAGAGCAGUGGGGAAGUCUGGGAAAGAACCAUGCAGAGGUUUAUGAGUCCUGGCAUCCAGCAUCAGCUCUUCAGGCAGUUCUCCUUCCAGGAUGGCGCGGAGCCUCGCAAGGUAUGUAGCUGUCUCCACAAUCUCUGCCACCUGUGGUUGAAUCCAGAAGAACUGACCAAGGCUGAGAUGCUAGACCUGGUGGUCCUGAAACGGUUCCUGAGCAUCCUUCCUCCAGAGAUGGGGAGCUGGGUCCGAGAGUGUGGGGCAGAAACCUGUUCCCAGGCGGUGGCCCUGGCGGAAGGCUUCCUCCUGAGUCGGGCAGAGGACAAGAAGCAGGAAGAACAGUCAAAAAAUCUCUGUGUGGAAGUUCAGUCUCUUCUCCAUGCAUCAGAGGCCUCAGUAUCAGACACCAACCAGAAUCCCGAGUGGAAGGAGAUAAAGCAAGAGGGAGAUGAAAGUGCUGCCUUCCAGGGGCUGGAAAUAGUGCCACAGUCAAGUCUUCAUUCGUCUCCUCUUUGCGAUGGAGCAGAAACAACUGAGGGUCCAGUGACCCUUCAGGAUGUGGCCAUCCAUUUCUCCAUAGAGGAGUGGGCCCUUCUGGACCCUGAUCAGAGAGCCCUGCACGCACAGAUCAUGGAGGAGACACGUGGGAUCAUGGCCUCUCUUGAUAACUGGAGGAAGAGAAAUGAGUGUGCCAAAUGGGCUUUCAAAUGCAACGUAUGUGGGAAAGGUUUUACCCAAAAUAUAGCAGCUGUUUUCCACAAGAGACUAUGUGGUGGAAAAAAACACAAGCAGUGUAAAGGAAACAGUUUGAAUUAUAAAUUGCACCAUCUCAACAAUCACACAUUCCAUGCCAGAAAGAAAACACACAAAUGCCAGAAAUGUGGGAAAUUCUUUCCUGGCAGAUCAGUAUUACUGGUUCAUCAGAGACUCCACACAGGAAAGAAGCCAUACAAAUGCCUGGAGUGUGGGAAAUGUUUUGCUCACAGUUCACAUUUUGCGUGGCAUCAGAGAGUUCACACAGGAGAGAAACCGUUUCAAUGCCAGGAAUGUGGAAAAUGUUUUUUUCACCAUCAACAACUAGUAAGGCACCAAGUAUUCCACAAGGGAGAGAGGCUAUACGAAUGCCACGAGUGUGGGAAAUGUUUUCCCCGGAAUGCAAACCUUGUGAGACACCAAAAAAUUCACAGAGGAGGGAAACCUUACAGAUGCCAGGAAUGUGGGAAAUGUUUUUCCCGAAAUGCAAACCUUGUGAGACACCAAAGAAUUCACACAGGAGAGAAACUGUUUAAAUGCCAAGAAUGUGGGGAAUGUUUUGUGCACCGUCAACAACUAGUAAGACAUCAGUUAUUCCAUUCAGAAAUUAAAGCAUACAUCUGCAAUGAAUGUGGAAAAUCUUUUGCUCAGAAUGAAUACCUUGUGAUCCACCAGAGAGUCCACACACGAGAGAAACUGUUUCAAUGCCAGGACUGUGGGAAAUGUUUUUUUCACCAUCAACAACUAGUAAGGCACCAGGUAUUUCACACGGGAGAGAGACCAUACGAAUGCCAGGAGUGUGGUAAAUGUUUUGCUCGGAAUGAUCAGCGUAUGAGGCACCAGAGAAUCCACACUGGGGACAAACCAAACAAAUGCCAAAAUUGUGGGAAAUGUUUUUCUCAGAUGACAAGUCUUUUGAGACACCAAAGACUCCAUAUGGAAGAAAAAACCUACAAAUGUCAGGAAUGCGGAACCUGUUUUGCAAACAAGUCAUCCCUUGUGGACCACAAGAGACUUCACACAGCAGACAAUCUGUACAAAUGUCAGGAAUGUGGGAAAUGUUUUGCCCGGAAUGCAAACCUUGUGAGACACCAAAGAAUCCACACAGGAGAGAAACCAUAUAAAUGCCAGGAAUGUGGGGAAUGUUUUGCUCACAGUCCACAACUAGUAAGACACCAGUUAUUCCAUUCAGAAAUUAAAGCAUACAUCUGCAAUGAAUGUGGAAAAUGUCUUGCUACGAGGUCAAGCCUUGAAAUCCACCAGAGACUCCACACAGGAGAGAGACCAUAUGAAUGCCAGGAGUGUGGGAAAUGUUUUGUUAUCAUGUCAGUCCUUGUGAAGCACCAGAGAAUCCACACUGGGGAGAAACCAUACAAAUGUCAAAACUGUGAGAAGUGUUUUUCUCAGAUGUCAAAUCUUUUGAGACACCAAAGACUCCAUACAGAAGAAAAAACAUACAAAUGUAAGGAAUGUGGAAGCUGUUUUGCAGACAAGUCAUCCCUUGUGGACCACAAGAGACUUCAUGCAGCAGAGAAGCUGUACAAAUGCCAGGAGUGUGGGAAAUGCUUUGCCCAGAAUGCAAACCUUGUGAGACACCAAAGAAUCCACACAGGAGAGAAACCGUAUAAAUGCCAGGAAUGUGGGGAAUGUUUUAUUCACCAUCAACAACUAGUAAGACACCAAUUAUCCCAUACAGGAGAUAAAGCAUACAAAUGCCAGUACUGUGGGAAAUGUUUUGCUCUGAAUGCAUACCUUGUGAUUCACCAAAGAGUCCACACGGGAGAGAAACCAUACAGAUGCCAAGAUUGUGGGAGGUGUUUUGCUCAGAUGUCAUGUCUUAGGAGACACCAGAACAUCCACACAGGAGAGAAACCAUACAGCUGCAAUGAAUGUGGGAAAUGUUUUGCCCAUAAUUCAUCCCUUGUGAGCCACAAGAGGCUCCACGCAGGAGAGAAACCUUACACAUGCCAGGAGUGUGGGAAAAGUUUUGCUCGGAAUGCAGACCUUGUGGCCCACAAGAGAAUUCACACUGGAGAGAAACUGUAUAAAUGCCAGGAAUGUGAGGAAUGUUUUAUGCACAAUCAACAACUAGUAAGACAUCAGUUAUCCCAUACGGGAGAGAAAGCAUACCAAUGCCAGGAGUGUGGGAAAUGUUUUGCUCGGAAUGAAUACCUUGUGACCCACCAGAGGGUCCACACAGGAGAGAAACCAUACAACUGCAAUGAAUGUGGAAAAUGUUUUGCUCACAGUUCAUCCCUUGUGUGCCACAAGAGACUCCACACAAGAGAAAUACAAUACAAAUGCGACUAGAAUGGAACAUGUUUUCCUCAGAAUGCACAACUUGUGACCCAUUAGAGACCCCAUGGAGGAGGAGAUGCAUAGAAAUGAUAGGAGUGUAUGAAAUCCUGUGCCUCACAGAUGUGAAAAUUCGUUGAAAGAUAUAGUGUGUUUUUCUCUUUCAUCGGUGAAUAGCUCUUAGCAGUGAUAAAUUCUAGCUAUAUUUUGUUAGGCUCUUGUUUAGUACUAUUCGCAUUCAUUACCUAAUUCUUGUUCAACGCAGAAGAAACUAAGCUCACUCCAUCCUCUCCAUAAGAUUAUCCUGCCACCUAUUUUCCAGGCAAAAUAUGUGUAGUUGUAUCUAUUGUUCCUUGUACAGCAAAAUUAUAGGAUAUUUUAUGAUCUUGGAUGUUCGGACCUCAACAUCUUCCAGCACCUGUUAAACUGGCAUCUUCUUUGUAAGGCCUGACUAAAGCCUUACUCUUAUUACCUAACCAGGUUGUGAUACAUCUAGCAGACGAAUAGCUGAGAAACACUUCAAGAGCUGGGAUUGUGGGGCAACUUAAGAGAAAUGAAGAAUCCUGUUAAGUAGGAGGUGGAGAAAUCAUUUGCUUACAUAAUGCUCAGAUUAGCCUUCUGCCUUGAGGUACUGUGUAUCAGUUCCUUUGAAUGUACAAUGUUAUGUAUUAUUAUUUUGGGUUUCUUAUACUCUUAAGAGGUAAAUUGUUAUUUUAUUUUAUUUUAUUUUAUUGCAAAAUAUAAAUCACUGAAACCUGUAUACUAAGGAAAUAACUGUGUGUACAGAGCAAAAAAUACAAUGUGUUUUUCUUGUA